AUGAAUUCAUAUAUUCCACAUAAUAAUAAUAACAAUAACAAUAUAACGUGCGAUUGGAACGAUGUCGACAGUUCAAUAAUAAAGACCGAUAAAGUAUCAAUUUCUUAUAAUCCAAUAUCAAGAUUAAAUUUUUUAAAUAGUUGUGAAAUUUUGGAAGAACUAGGUACAGGAAAUUAUAGUAGAGUUAAAAAAGGUUUCAGAUAUUCAUGUAACAAGAUUGUGGCAAUUAAAAUAUUAAAUAAGAAUUCAAACCAUGCAAUAAUUAGUAAUGAAAUUAAAAUUUUUUCAAUGAUUAAUAAUAGAAAUAAUAAUAUUAUUAAAUUGUUUGAAAUUAUUAAUGAUGAUAGAUCAAAUAAAAUUUAUUUGAUAUUAGAAUAUUGUAAACUGGGUGAAAUCAAAUGGCAUUCAUGUAAUAUUAAUGGAGUAAAAGCGCAGGGACCAUCACAGUUUACCAUGACGAGAUGUAAAGAAAUGUUCACUGAUAUCGUUAAAGGUUUGAAAUUUUUACACGAUUUAAAUAUUAUUCAUAGAGAUAUUAAACCUGCAAAUUUGUUAGUGGAUAGAAAUGGAACUGUAAAGUUAUCAGAUUUUGGUGUAUCUAAAAUUAUUUCACUUUCAACGAAAAAUUAUUUGACAUUCUUUAAUAAGACAGUGGGGACUCCAGCAUUUUAUUCUCCAGAGAUUUGUCUUGGAAAUGACACUUGGUCCUUUUUCAAUAUAUCAAAGGAUAGUGAUGAAUUAUUCUUGAAAGUUGGUUUUAAAUCGGAUAUUUGGGCUUUAGGAAUCACCUUAUUUUGUCUUGUCUUUGGAGAAUUACCUUUUUAUUCAGAAUUUGAUUUGGGUUUAUUUGAAAUGAUUAUUAAUGAUGAACCAUCAUAUCCAACAAUCGAAUCAAUACAAUCAAUUCAAUCUGAUAUUGAAAAAAUACCUAACGAUGAAGAAUAUAGUGCGGCUAAGUCUUUGCUUUUGAGAUUGUUAAAGAAAAACCCAUUAGAGAGACCGUCCAUUGAUGAUUUAUUACAUGAUCCAUUUGUACUGACAGAAAGGUAUAUAUAUGACCCAGUGACUCAAGAAUCAUUGAUGAAUUAUAGUAAUGGUUCUUCUUCUGAAACAUUCUCAGACAAUGAUGAUGAUAUUGAAGGUGAUGUUGAAGGCGAUGCCGAGAACGAUGCCGAGAAGGAAAAUAUGAACGUAGAUAAUGAAGUUAUAGAUUUACCUCUGACAUCUUCCUUCGCAUCUCUAGAUAGUUAUUAUACAGAAUCAUAUUUUAUGAAUCAACCAAAAGCACAACCACCCAAACAAUCGGACAGCAAUGCAUACACUUUAAAAAGACCAAACUUAAGGCACUCACUUUCAUCAAAUUUAAUGAUGACUCCACUGGAGAAUGUCGACAGCAGUAGUAGACGUUCGCUGUCCUCAACGUCAUCUAUCAUACACUUCACUAGUACGAAAUCAAACCAUCCUAAUCGCUACAAUGGAGUAAGGAGCAGGACUCCAGAAAAUUUAAGCAGAACACAGAGUGAAACACCAAGCACUAUCGAUAUACCUCAGAUAGGUAGUCUUGAAAAUAAGUAUCAGGAUGUUUUACCAAUCAAUGAACAACAUUUCAUGGAAAAAUCCGAGGAUUCUUUAGAACAAGAACGGAACAUUAAAAUAGGAAAUUUUUUCAAUAAUCAUAAUAAUAACGAUAACAAUAGUAAUAAUGAUAAUACUAAAAGUUCAAAUAAUAAUUUAAUAUCUUCAUCUGUGUCAUCAUUUUCAUCAUUUUCAUCUUGUCUAUCUCAGGACAAUUAUCACAUGGCAAUACCUUUAGCUAAUGCAAGUAUAUUAUCAAUGAAUAGAUUACCUAGUCUAAACAACUCUUUGGUUCUACCUAGAAAUGAUCAUAUCUUAACCCCUGAGAAAGUAGAUGAUACAAAUGAAUCUGAUAGUGAAUUAUUUUUUGAAAUUAGUCCACGAAAGGCUCGUAGAGGUCGUGGACGAACUACUAAUUGA